AUGACGUUAAGUGAGUGCAAGGUCAUUUGCAGACUUUCAAGAGAUUUCCAGGAGUUGGAAGGCUUUGAUAUGGAUAAACCGUUGAGUGCUGGUGACUUUGCCGCCAUGGAGGACCAGCUGAAGGCCUGUGUGGAGAAAGACAGGCAGUACUGGAGGGUUAACGACGUCAAAUGUGAUGCUAUACACACCGCCAAAACUUAUGAGGAGUUUGCAGACCGCGUGGCUGCUGCUCACCUGCAACCUUUAGACCAGAAAGACUUUAAGAAGAAAUAUAAUCGCAAAUGGAAUCAGUACGCUACUGAGGACAAACAAUCUACUGAAUAAAUUAUUGACUAUUUAAUAACAUAAA